UUCAGACAGGCCAAAGGGCUCUUCUUGUGCAGCCAGCAGCUCUCCAUUACAACAACGCUCCACAGCAGCCAUGGCUGAGAGACGUAUUCCUUUCAGCCUACUCCAAAGCCCGAGCUGGGACCCAUUCUAUGAUUGGCAACAGAGCAGUCGCAUGUUCGACCAGUCCUUCGGAAUGCCGACCCUAGAAGCCACUUUCCCUACCACCCAUUGGCCUGGGUACCUGCGCUCCUCCAUCAUGACCCCGGAAAUGGGCACCAUGACACCCCACACUCCUAUGAUGCCCCACACUCCCAUGAUGUAUCCCGGCGCAAUGAUGGCCCAGCAGGCCCAGCAGGCGCAUCAGGCUCGCGCCCUGUCCCGCCAGAUGAGCACCGGAUUGUCGGAGAUCAAGCAGACCCAAGACAACUGGAAGGUGUCCCUGGACGUCAACCACUUCUCGCCUGAGGAGCUGCUAGUGAAAACCAAGGAUGGUGUGGUGGAAAUCACUGGGAAGCAUGAGGAGAGGAAGGAUGAGCACGGUUUUGUGUCCAGGACUUUCACCAGGAAAUACACCCUGCCCUCCACUGCUGACAUUGAGAAGGUGACCUCCUCCCUGUCCCCUGAGGGGGUGCUAACCAUCGAGGCUCCUCUUGCUAGACCUGCCAUCGAGUCCUCAGAGGUUAGGAUACCCGUCACCAUGGACAACAAAGGUGGCGUGGUGAAGAAGUAGGAGGAAGAGCAGCAUACGUAUACACAUGCCUACAAGGUGAAGAAGUAGCAUAUAGCGUGUUCACAAAGCAGAGACAGAAGAGCGAGGGAUUUCGCUCUUCUGUCGCCUCCCUCCUCUCUGACUGUGAUAAUGAGCCAACCCCAGCUGAGUGCACUGUGUAAACACAUCUGCACCAGUGCCAUAUGCCUUCUCUCUCUGCUGUAAUUACACUCUUCAGCUGAAUAUAGGAAAUCUCAGCUCAGCCCCGCUCUCUCCCGCAUUUACACAUACACACACAAACACACACCUUCCUCGGUCCUGUUGAGCAAAUCCACUUCACGCUGCCUCUACAAACAAAUUAAUGACAACAGUGAAGUGGACAGUAUAAGCAGGAAUCUUGAGAAUUAAGGAACCGAGAUCCUAGGAGAGUAUUUAUACCAAAUUAUUCUUUUGCCUGUAUGUGAACACACUGUGUCACCCCUGGACUGGACAGAGACCGUUGUCAUUUACAGUUGCCUUCAGAAAGAUUACCCAGUCACACAAAUAAAGAAUAGAAACAUA